GGGAGGAGCGGAGCUUCCAGGUGCGGUUCCGGCGGGUGCGGGGCCACCCCGUGGACCUCUACUACCUGAUGGACCUCUCCUACUCCAUGCGGGACGACCUGCAGAACCUGCGCAGGCUGGGCAGGGACCUGCUGGCCGCCCUGCGCAACGUCACCUCCUCCGUCCGCAUCGGUUUCGGCUCCUUCGUGGACAAGCCGGUGCUGCCCUACGUCAGCACGGCGCCCUCCAAGCUGCGCAGCCCCUGCCCGGGGCGGGGGGAGCCCUGCGACCCCCCCACCGCCUUCCGCCACGUCCUCUCCCUCACCCCCGACGCCCAGGAGUUCGCCCGCCGCGUCGGCCGCCAGCGCAUCUCCGGCAACCUGGACGCCGCCGAGGCCGGCUUCGAUGCCAUCAUGCAGGUGGCCCUCUGCCAGGAGCGCAUCGGCUGGCGCCCCGUCACCCGCCUGCUGCUGGUGGCCUCGGACGACGCCUUCCACAGCGCGGGGGACGGCAAACUGGGGGGCAUCGUCCUCCCCAGCGACACCCGCUGCCACCUGGACGCCGCCGGCGUCUACGCCCAGAGCCACCUCUACGACUACCCCUCGGUGGGACACUUGGCCCAGGUCCUGGCGGCCACCAACAUCCAGCCCAUCUUCGCCGUCACGGCUCCCACCCUGCCCGUCUACCAGGAGCUGAGCCGCCUGCUCCCCAGGUCGGUGGUGGGGGAGCUGCGGGAGGACUCCAGCAACGUGGUGCAGCUCAUCGCCGACGCCUACGACAGCCUCUCGUCGCGGGUGGAGCUGCAGCACUCGCCGCUGCCCCGCAUCAGCCUCAGCUACGAGUCCCACUGCGGGGGCCCCCCCGGCCCCCCCCAGCCCCACGGCGGCCUCUGCACCGGCGUCCGCCUCAACCAGGAGGUGACGUUCACGGUGCGGGCACGGGCGGGCGCGUGCCUGGGCUCCCGGCAGCGGGUGUCGCUGCGGGUGCUGGGGGUGCCCGAGGAGCUGAGCCUGGAGCUGGGGACCCUCUGCGGGUGCCCCUGCGCCCACCGCCAGCCCCGCGCCCCCCUCUGCCACGGCGGGGACCUGCUCUGCGGGUGCCCGGGGGGCCGUGGGGGCCAUCGGUGCGAGUGUGAGGCGGAGGGAGGCGGGGGGGGCUGCCGGCCCCCCAACAGCACGGGGCCCCCCUGCAGCGGGAGGGGCCGCUGCAUCUGUGGGGCCUGCGAGUGCCCCCCCGUGAGCGGGACCCACUGCCAGUGCGACAGCAGCGCCUGCGAGCGGCACGAGGGGCUGCCCUGCGGAGGCCCCCAGCGCGGCGAGUGCGUGUGCGGGACGUGCCGGUGCCGCGAGGGCUUCCAGGGCCCCGGCUGCGGGUGCCGGGGGGGCCGGGGGGGCUGCCUGCGCGGCGGCAGGGAGUGCAGCGGCCGCGGGCGCUGCGUCUGCGGCACCUGCCACUGCCAGCCCGGCUACCUGGGACCCCUCUGCGGCCACUGCCCCUCCUGCGCCACCCCCUGCCAGCGCCUCCGGGACUGCGCCGAAUGCGCGGCCUCGGGGCGGGGGGGCUGCGGGGGGCCCUGCGCCCGCGUCACCGCCCGCCUGCUGCCCGCGCCCCCCCCGGGCCCCCCCCGCGGCUGGUGCCGGGAGAGGACCCAGGACGGCCGCCCCCUCCUCUUCCUCAUCGAGGGGGGGGCCCGGGGGGGCGAGGAGGAGGAGGAGGAGGAGGAAGGGGACGGGGAGGUGACACUGACCGUCUGGGCAGAGCAGGGCGGGGCGGCGGCGCCGGGGGGGGGGCUGGUGGCCGGGCUGGUGGCCGGGACGGUGACGCUGGGGCUGGUGGCCCUGGGCUCGUACCGGCUGCUGCUGGAGCUGCGGGACCGGCGGGAAUUCCGGCGCUUCCAGCGGGACCGGCGGGACGCCCGCUGGCACCAGGACAACCCCCUCUUCAGGAGCGCCACCACCACCACCGUCAACCCCGGCUACCGGCCGGGCUGAGGGGACACCGGGGACACCCCGAAGCCACCCUGCGCGGCACCGACCCCCCCCCCCCGUCCCCAAGGAACCCCCCCCUGUUUCCCCCAGGUCUCCCUCCCCCCCCCACCGUGUCCCCAAGGACCCCCCCCUCAUGUCCCCAAGGCCCCCCACUCUGCAUCCCCAAGGCCCCCCCUUCGUGUCCCCAAGGACCCCCCUCGUGUCCCCAAGAACCGCCCCCCCCCAGCCCCAGUGUCCCCAAGGACUCCCCC